CGACGAGAAGAAGAGCAUGGUCGCAAAGUGCUUAUUUCCUGGUCAGAUGAGAGCAGGUCCCACCGAUGUGUCUUCUAUCUACACCAGGGUCGCAAAAUACAAACCACACUUGCUUCAGUGUUAAUGUGUGAGAGCUAAACAAACAAAAUUGGAGACUGGAAAGGGUUAGGCUAUUGUUCAUAAGGAGGAGAGUUGUAGAGCGUGAGGGAAAAUGCUUUCAAAAAGUCCUUGCUGUCAUAAUCAUCACGGAAACGUUGAAUUUUGUUUUAUUUUACAACAUAUAGAUCUAAUAUGAAGCAAAUCCUUAUCUUCCAGGAGUCAGUAUAGACUCUUUCUUCCUAGUUCACGACAAUGAGAUGGAUUUCCUGUCAUUUAAGUGGCUCCCUCAGCCGGGCCUGUACGCAAUCUACGCAACAGUCUGCUGUGUCUACACUCUGGCCAUGACAGUCUACAGCGGCUUCGACUCUCCAUACGGUGCCAAAAUCUUAAUCUGGAUGACCUACUGGGGCUACUACUCCCUGACACUCCGCUUCACCGUCACAGCGGUCAACGCCUGGCGAAACGUCGUGUGGUUAAAGUAUGAGAGUGAGGGUGAGGGGAAUGUUUUUGAUGAAAGUGCACCAUCUCCUGAGAGUGAGAGAGAGGAGAGUGGGGAGAGAAGAGGGAGCAGUAGUAGAGAGAUGCAUCACCUACCACCCGGUCUGGCUCUCCAGUGGUUGCUGCAGAACAUUUCUAACAGCGUGUCACUGCUGGUCACUGUGUUGUUCUGGGCUUUGGUUUACACAGGUGUACAUCAGACCUACAUGAGCAUCAACUCCCACGCCAUCAACUCCUUGCUUGUGCUGGCAGACGUGAUGCUCAGCGCAGCGCCCAUCCACAUGCUACACUUCCACAUGCCCCUCGUGUACCUAAUGAUCUACAUCGCUUUCACUCUUAUCUACUGGGCUGGCAACGGGACAAACCACCGAGGGGAGCCUUAUAUCUAUAGCGUACUUGACUACUCCGGAAAGCCGAAGGUGGCAAUAGUUGUGAUAGUGUGCGUCGCUUUGAUUAUCGUGCCACUGACACAAGUUCUGUUGUGUGGGCUGCGGAGACUGAGGGAGAAAAUUCAUGCCAAGCUGAGGUUGUGGAAAGACUUGGAGAACCCCACGAGGUUGUACCAAAGGCAGUGACGAUGACAACACACCAGCCCUCAUCCAUUUAAAAGAAAGCCGGCUUUUAUAAACAAUCACACACCUGAAAAACAAUAAAAUGAUGUAUUCAUAAAAUCAAAAA